CUGUGUGCGCAGAGCACGCCAGCGUCGCGGCCGCUGUCGUCGGCUACGACGCUGUCGGAGCUGGGCGGGUACGGCGCAGCGCUGGAGGAAGCUCUCGCCUGGCUGCUGGAGGCCGAGGAGCGCCUCGCCGCGCAGCCCGACCCCGCCUGCCCCACCUCCCCCACCGACACCACCCCGCCACACCAGGACCUCGCCGCGCUCAAGCACCACUUCCACGCGCACGAGCGGUUCCUGCUGGAACUGUCGGAGCAGCAGUGCCGCAUAGGAGGCGUGUUAGAAGAAGGAGCGAGGCUCGUGCGCGAUGCUGCACUCUCUCGCGACGAGGUGAAUGAGGUGCGGCUGCAGAUGCGGCUACUGAACGAGCGCUGGGAGCAGCUGCGGCGCGGCGCCAUGCAGCGGCAGGCCAGCGUGCACGCCGCGCUCAUGCAGGCGCAGCACCACCACCUGCAGCGCUUCCGGCAGUGGCUGACGGAGACUGAGGACCGCAUGUCGCGCAUGGAGGCGGAGGGCGCGGAGGGCGUGGAGGGGGAGGACGCGGAGGGCGCGGAGGGCGCGCUGGCGGCGGUGCGCGCGCUGCACGACGACCUGCGGCGCCAGCAGCCGCUCGUCGACGCGCUCGCCGACUGCGUGGUUGUCGUCGACGACGACGCGCACGACGACGGCGUGGCGGAGAUCGAGGACCAGCUGCGCGCGCUGGGCGAGCGCUGGUCGCACGCGUGCCGCUGGACGCUCGCGCGCCGCGCCCGCCUCGCGCGACAAGCAGCGCUCGCCGCGCGCCGCGCCGCCGCCUCGCAGCUGGAGCACGCGCUCAAGCAGAUGGAAGCGAACCCCGUGAACGAAAUCGGCGAGGUGUUGGAACGCAUCCAGGAGCUGCAGCGCGUGAAGCACGGCGUGCGGCUGGAGCAACGCGCCGUGGCGCAGUUGCUGCAGUCCCACGCUCACGAACAGUUCCAAGCCCACGAGUCCCACGGCGACCAGGAGCCCGACCCCGCGCUCGCCGAGGAGACCGAGGCGCUGCUCGAUCGCCUCGACGCGCUGCUGCUCAUACUCGACGUGCAGGCUUCUAGAAUACGCGACUUAGGUUUCGAAUUCGACAUCGAUACGACAGAAGAAACGAUGGAGAUGCCGACGCCGAUGGACGCAGACACGAGCACGGUAACGACGACGAUGCGAGUCGAGACCACGACCACGACGACGGCAACGACGACGAGCGACGACCACACGGCAAGCAAGAAGCCGCGGCUGGGCGACGAGGGUGCGCGCCACUUCCAGGCCUUCGACUCCUGGGCGCGCGACGCUCAACAACAGCUGCAGCACUGUAGGCAGUUAGAGAACGCAGCAGGCGCCGUCGAGGGCCCCCCGGCCGCCGCCCGAGCGGUGCCCAGGGAGAGCCGGGAUCAGACGGCCAAGGCGUCGCCCACCCCCCUGAGGCCGAGCGGAGCCCCCGCGGGAGGGCGCCCCUCCCCUACCCUCCUAUAG